AUGAAGAGAAGAGCAAGAGAAGAGAGAGAAGAGGAGUAUAAGAAGAGUACAGCGAAUCGCAGAGGGAGGAGUAUAGGGAGGAAAGAGAAUAGUAAGAAUAGAGAAGCCAGUAUAGAGAAGCGAAGCUGAGCAAGAGUACGAGGAAGAGAAGCGAAGAGAAAGGAAGAGAACGAAGGAGAAGAGAAGAGAACGAAGGAAGGAGAAGAGGAUAGAGGGAGCGUUUGAGACGGAGAGGAGAGGAGAGGAGAGGAGAGGAGAGGAGGGAGAGGAGAGGGGGAGAGGCGAGGAGAGGAGAAGAGCGAAGGAAGCUACGAAGAGAAGAGAAGAGAAGACGAAGGUAUUGAAGAGAAGAGAGCAGACAGAGAAGAGAAUAGACAGAGAAGAGGAAGAGAAUCUCACCUAUCCUUCCUCUCCACUCCCACUCACUCCACUCAUACACCACUACACGUCCCACUCCACUCCACUCCUAUCUCUCCUCUCCUAUCCUAUACUCGGUAACCCCUUUCUAACCACAGUGUGUUUAGCAGCCUAAACACAGGAAAAUACCUUCUUAGUCCUGCUUAAUACCUGCUCUAAACAACCAAGCUAAUGAAAGAGAUGGAGAGAGAGAGAGAGAGAGAGAGAGAGGAGAGAGGGAGGAGAGAGAGAGAGAGAGAGUUUAUUUUGACACCCCUAUUGUCUAUUUCACGUUGGCAUGUUAACAUAUGUUUGCCAUUGCAAAUAAAGCCCUUAAUGAAAUUGAUUGAGAGAGAGAGAGGAGGAGGGAGACGAGAGAUGGAGUACCGGGGCGAGAGAGUGAGAGGAGAGAGAGAGGAGAAGAGAGAAGAGAGAGCAGAGAGGAGAGAGAGGAGGAGAGAGAGAGAGGAGAGAGAGAGAGGAGAGAGAGAGAGAGAGAGAGAGAGAGAGAGAGAGAGAGAGAGAGAGAGAGAGAGAGAGAGAGAUAAAACAACAGGAAAUGCAUGCAGGGCAGAACUGGGACAAUAUCCACUAAUAAUAAAACUCAAAAAAUAGCAAUUCAGUUUUGGAAACAUUUAAAAUACAGUGGCCCCCUCUCAUAUAAUUACCAAGCCCUGCAAUGCCAAGAGCUGAGCAAAGAAAAGAGUCCCUCAUCCAGCUGGUCCUGGGGCUGAGUUCACAAACCUGUUUUACUAACACACUGAUUAUUUUGUGCCAAAUAGAAAUAAAAGUGACUCCAAAAUGACACAAUACAUUAUUUACCAUUAAUCUCUAUUGGGAACAAAAUACUAUGAAAAACAACCAAAAGGAACGGCAACUGCAUCUAAGAAGUUUGUAGAGUCACAAGCUUGAUGAUGUAGUCAUUGUGUGCUAUGAAUAUGGGACCAAAUACUAAACAUUUGACUACUUUAUUUAUAAGAGUCUUUAGGGGUGACAUAAAUUUUGAUUAAAAUAAAUAUUACUUGUAAACAAAAUAUUUUUCUCUGAGCAAUUGUAUUAGUAUAAAAUAAUAUAAUUCCUCCAUUUUGUUGCAUACAAUAUGCCUCAGUAUUUUAAUUAUAUAUUAUAUAAAGUCAUUAUUGCUCAUCUUUAUCAAGGGUGUCAGUAAUUUAGGACCCCACUGUAUAGGCUUAGUUGCAGUCUAAACAGCUCAGAAAGUCUGUCAGUGGUAGAACUACUAGGUAGAACUGUACUACAGAACCCAGCUGCUCAUAAAGUCUGUCAGUGGUAGAACUACUAGGUAGAACUGUACUACAGAACCCAGCUGCUCAUAAAGUCUGUCAGUGGUAGAACUACUAGGUAGAACUGUACUACAGAACCCAGCUGCUCAUAAAGUCUGUCAGUGGUAUAAAUACUACAGAACCCAGCUGCUCAUAAAGUCUGUCAGUGGUAGAACUACUAGGUAGAACUGUACUACAGAACCCAGCUGCUCAUAAAGUCUGUCAGUGGUAGAACUACUAGGUAGAACUGUACUACAGAACCCAGCUGCUCAUAAAGUCUGUCAGUGGUAGAACUACUAGGUAGAACUAUACUACAGAACCCAGCUGCUCAUAAAGUCUGUCAGUGGUAUAACUACUAGGUAGCACUGUACCACAGAACCCAGCUGCUCAUAAAGUCUGUCAGUGGUAUAAAUACGUGGUAGAACUGUACUACAGAACCCAGCUGCUCAUAAAGUCUGUCAGUGGUAGAACUACUAGGUAGCACUGUACCACAGAACCCAGCUGCUCAUAAAGUCUGUCAGUGGUAUAAAUACGUGGUAGAACUGUACUACAGAACCCAGCUGCUCAUAAAGUCUGUCAGUGGUAUAAAUACUACAGAAACCAGCUGCUCAUAAAGUCUGUCAGUGGUAUAAAUACUACAGAAACCAGCUGCUCAUAAAGUCUGUCAGUGGUAUAAAUACGUGGUAGAACUGUACUACAGAACCCAGCUGCACAUAAAGUCUGUCAGUGGUAUAAAUACUACAGAACCCAGCUGCUCAUAAAGUCUGUCAGUGGUAUAACUACUAGGUAGAACUGUACUACAGAACCCAGCUGCUCAUAAAGUCUGUCAGUGGUAUAAAUACUACAGAACCCAGCUGCUCAUAAAGUCUGUCAGUGGUAGAACUACUAGGUAGAACUGUACUACAGAACCCAGCUGCUCAUAAAGUCUGUCAGUGGUAUAAAUACUACAGAACCCAGCUGCUCAUAAAGUCUGUCAGUGGUAGAACUACUAGGUAGAACUGUACUACAGAACCCAGCUGCUCAUAAAGUCUGUCAGUGGUAGAACUACUAGGUAGAACUGUACUGAAGAACCCAGCUGCUCAUAAAGUCUGUCCGUGGUAGAACUACUAGGUAGAACUGUACUACAGAACCCAGCUGCUCAUAAAGUCUGUCAGUGGUAGAACUACUAGGUAGAACUGUACCACAGAACCCAGCUGCUCAUAAAGUCUGUCAGUGGUAUAAAUACGUGGUAGAACUGUACUACAGAACCCAGCUGCUCAUAAAGUCUGUCAGUGGUAUAAAUACUACAGAAACCAGCUGCUCAUAAAGUCUGUCAGUGGUAUAAAUACUACAGAAACCAGCUGCUCAUAAAGUCUGUCAGUGGUAUAAAUACUACAGAAACCAGCUGCUCAUGAAGUCUGUCAGUGGUAUAAAUACUACAGAACCCAGCUGCUCAUAAAGUCUGUCAGUGGUAUAAAUACGUGGUAGAACUGUACUACAGAACCCAGCUGCUCAUAAAGUCUGUCAGUGGUAUAAAUACGUGGUAGAACUGUACUACAGAACCCAGCUGCUCAUAAAGUCUCUCAGUGGUAUAAAUACGUGGUAGAACUGUACUACAGAACCCAGCUGCUCAUAAAGUCUGUCAGUGGUAUAAAUACUACAGAACCCAACUGCUCAUAAAGUCUGUCAGUGGUAUAAAUACUACGUUGAACUGUACUACAGAACCCAGCUGCUCAUAAAGUCUCUCAGUGGUAUAAAUACUACAGAACCCAGCUGCUCAUAAAGUCUGUCAGUGGUAUAAAUACGUGGUAGAACUGUACUACAGAACCCAGCUGCUCAUAAAGUCUGUCAGUGGUAUAAAUACGUGGUAGAACUGUACUACAGAACCCAGCUGCUCAUAAAGUCUGUCAGUGGUAUAAAUACGUGGUAGAACUGUACUACAGAACCCAGCUGCUCAUAAAGUCUGUCAGUGGUAUAAAUACGUGGUAGAACUGUACCACAGAACCCAACUGCUCAUAAAGUCUGUCAGUGGUAGAACUACUACUUAGAACUGUACUACAGAACCCAGCUGCUCAUAAAGUCUGUCAGUGGUAUAAAUACUACGUUGAACUGUACUACAGAACCCAGCUGCUCAUAAAGUCUCUCAGUGGUAUAAAUACUACAGAACCCAGCUGCUCAUAAAGUCUGUCAGUGGUAUAAAUACGUGGUAGAACUGUACUACAGAACCCAGCUGCUCAUAAAGUCUGUCAGUGGUAUAAAUACGUGGUAGAACUAUACUACAGAACCCAGCUGCUCAUAAAGUCUGUCAGUGGUAUAAAUACGUGGUAGAACUGUACCACAGAACCCAACUGCUCAUAAAGUCUGUCAGUGGUAGAACUACUGCUUAGAACUGUACUACAGAACCCAGCUGCUCAUAAAGUCUGUCAGUGGUAUAAAUACGUGGUAGAACUGUACCACAGAACCCAGCUGCUCAUAAAGUCUGUCAGUGGUAUAAAUACUACGUUGAACUGUACUACAGAACCCAGCUGCUCAUAAAGUCUCUCAGUGGUAUAAAUACUACAGAACCCAGCUGCUCAUAAAGUCUGUCAGUGGUAUAAAUACGUGGUAGAACUGUGCUACAGAACCCAGCUGCUCAUAAAGUCUGUCAGUGGUAUAAAUACGUGGUAGAACUAUACUACAGAACCCAGCUGCUCAUAAAGUCUGUCAGUGGUAUAAAUACGUGGUAGAACUGUACCACAGAACCCAACUGCUCAUAAAGUCUGUCAGUGGUAGAACUACUGCUUAGAACUGUACUACAGAACCCAGCUGCUCAUAAAGUCUGUCAGUGGUAUAAAUAUGUGGUAGAACUGUACCACAGAACCCAGCUGCUCAUAAAGUCUGUCAGUGGUAUAAAUAUGUGGUAGAACUCUACUACAGAAACCAGCUGCUCAUGAAGUCUGUCAGUGGUAUAAAUAUGUGGUAGAACUCUACUACAGAAACCAGCUGCUCAUGAAGUCUGUCAGUGGUAUAACUACUAGGUAGAACUGCUACCCUCUGAAUGUACACAUAGUGCUGUAUUGGUGUGUAUUCUCAGAAAAAUAUUCUACUGAAAAGAUUAUAUAAAUACCAGAAUUCCUAUAACAUCCUCCAAUAUUCUUUAUGUGCAACUUGUUAAGGUAUUGCGGGUGCUGUACUAUUUGGUUUAUAGUAACUUAAUGGUUUUCAGCAUGAUUUUCAAAGCAUCCUGCCAUAGCCCCUACCACUCCCAUUGUUUCACUAGCAGUGAUGCUAAUGCUAGCUGUGGGGUAAGUCAAUAAAGAAAACUAAGCCAUAUUGUUGGUCACUGUCUCUCAGGAUCACUUUUUGAAGUGAAUUGAAUGGAUUUUUAUCAAUAAAAAAAUAUAUAUAUUUACAUUUUUGGUGUACUGCCACUUUAAAUGGCAGUCGUUUUUACAACAUAAAUAUCACUAAAUUAAUUUUUUUUCAAAAUUCUGAAAACUAAAUGAUACUAUAAUCAAAUGAUGGUAAAUUAGCUUUUUAGGACUGAUGUGGAAAAAAACUGCACAUUCUAUAAAGGACAAUUUUAUAUUUUCAUUUGACAGAUUAUUAUUAUUAUUAUAGAUUAUGCAAUUUAACUGUAAUUUUGUUAAAAUAACAGUCUGUUUUGGUAAUUUUCUAUUUCAGAUAACAUUAAUUACUUGUGUAAUUAUGUUUUAAUUAGAAAUAAAUUGAUAUUAUUCUGUGAUUGUAGACUUUUCUAAAAUAGUUUCUUCUUGGGUUCAGUUGGUAAUCGAUGUAUGUCAAAUAUGUUGGUAGCUUGAGGGUUAAUAUUGUAAAUGAAUCACUUAAUUUCCAAAGUACGCUUUUGGCAAUAUGUACAUUGUUACGCCAAUAAAGCAAUUUGAAUUGAAUUGAGAGAGAGAAGGAGAGGGGGUGGAGAGAGCUGGAGAGAGGGUGCAAGGGGAACAGAGGAGAUGUAUGGAGAUGAAGAGGGAGGGAGAGAGAGGGAGAGAGAGGGAGAGAGAGAGGGAGAAUGAGAAAUAGAGAGGAGGGGGUGGGAGAGAAUUUUUUCCUUUUCAAUUUCAAUUUUUUUUUCAAUUUAAGGGCUUUAUUGGCAUGGGAAACGUGUGUUAACAUUGCCAAAGCAAGUGAAGUAGAUAGUAAACAAAAGUGAAAUAAACAAUAAAUAUUAACAGUAAACAUUACACUCAGAAGUUUCAAAAGAAUAAAGACAUUUCAAAUGUCAUAUUAUGUAUAUAUACAGUGUUGUAACAAUGUGCAAAUAGUUAAAGUACAAAUGGGAAAAUAAAUAAACAUAAAUAUGGGUUGUAUUUACAAUGGUGUUUGUUCUUCACUGGUUGCCCUUUUCUUGUGGCAACAGGUCACAAAUAUUGCAGCUGUGAUGGCACACUGUGGUUUUUCACCCAGUAGAUAAGGGAGUUUAUCAAAAUUGGGUUUGUUUUCGAAUUCUUUGUGGAUUGCUGUAAUCUGAGGGAAAUAUGUGUCUCUAAUAUGGUCAUACAUUUGGCAGGAGGUUAGGAAGUGCAGCUCAGUUUCCACCUCAUUUUGUGGGCCGUGUGCACAUAUCCUGUCUUCUCUUGAGAGCCAGGUCUGCCUACGGCAGCCUUUCUCAAUAGCAAGGCUAUGCUCACUGAGUCUGUACAUAGUCAAAGCUUUCCUUAAGUUUGGGUCAGUCACAGUGGUCAGGUAUUCUGCCACUGUGUACUCUCUGUUUAGGGCCAAAUAGCAUUCUAGUUUGCUCUGUUUUUUUGUUUGUUCUUUCCAAUGUGUCAAGUAAUUCUCUUUUUGUUUUCUCAUGAUUUGGUUGGGUCUAGUUGUGUUGUUGUUGUUGUUGUCCUGGGGCUGUGUGGGGUCUGUUUGUGUUUGUGAACAGAGCCCCAGGACAAGCUUACUUAGGGGACUCUUCAACAAGUUCAUCUCUCUGUAGGUGAUGGCUUUGUUAUGGAAGGUUUGGGAAUCACUUCCUUUUAAGUGGUUAUAGAAUUUAACGGCUCUUUUCUGGAUUUUGAUAAUUAGCGGGUGUUGGCCUAAUUCUGCUCUGCAUGCAUUAUUUGGUGUUUUACAUUGUACACAGAGGAUGUUUUUGCAGAAUUCUGCAUGCAGAGUCUCAAUUUGGUGUUUGUCCCAUUUUGUGAAUUCUUGGUUGGUGAGCGGACCCCAGACCUCAGAACCAUAAAGGGCAAUGGGUUCUAUAACUGAUUCAAGUAUUUUUAGCCAGAUCCUAAUUGGUAUGUCAAAUUUUAUGUUCCUUUUGAUGGCAUAGAAGGCCCUUCUUGCCUUGUCUCUCAGAUCGUUCACAGCUUUGUGGAAGUUACCUGUGGCGCUGAUGUUUAGGCCGAGGUAUGUAUAGUUUUUUGUGUGCUCUAGGGCAACGGUGUCUAGAUGGAAUUUGUAUUUGUGGUCCUUGCAACUGGACCUUUUUUGGAACACCAUUAUUUUUGUCUUACUGUGAUUUACUGUCAGGGCCCAGGUCUGACAGAAUCUGUGCAGAAGAUCUAGGUGCUGCUGUAGGCCCUCCUUGGUUGGUGACAGAAGCACCAGAUCAUCAGCAAACAGAAGACAUUUGACUUCAGAUUCUAGUAGGGUGAGGCCGGGUGCUGCAGACUGUUCUAGUGCCCUCGCCAAUUCAUUGAUAUAUAUGUUGAAGAGGGUGUGGCUUAAACUGCAUCCAUGUCUCACCCCACGGCCCUGUGGAAAGAAAUGUGUGUGUUUUUUGCCAAUUUUAACCGCAUACUUAUUGUUUGUGUACAUGGAUUUUAUAAUGUCGUAUGUUUUUCCCCCAACCCCACUUUCCAUCAAUUUGUAUAGCAGACCCUCAUGCCAAAUUGAGUCAAAAGCUUUUUUGAAAUCAACAAAGCAUGAGAAGACUUUGCCUUUGUUUUGGUUUGUUUGUUUGUCAAUAAGGGUGUGCAGGGUGAAUACGUGGUCUGUCGUACGGUAAUUUGGUAAAAAGCCAAUUUGACAUUUGCUCAGUACAUUGUUUUCACUGAGGAAAUGAACUAGUCUGCUGUUAAUGAUAAUGCAGAGGAUUUUCCCAAGGUUGCUGUUGACGCAUAUCCCACGGUAGUUAUUGGGGUCAAAUUUGUCUCCACUUUUGUGGAUUGGGGUGAUCAGUCCUUGGUUCCAAAUAUUGGGGAAGAUGCCAGAGCUAAGGAUGAUGUUAAAGAGUUUAAGUAUAGCUAAUUGAAAUUUGUGGUCUGUAUAUUUUAUCAAUUCAUUGAGGAUACCAUCAACACCACAGGACUUUUUGGGUUGGAGGGUUUGUAUUUUGUCCUGUAGUUCAUUCAAUGUAAUUGGAGAAUCCAGUGGGUUCUGGUAGUCUUUAAUAGUUGAUUCUAAGAUUUGCAUUUGAUCAUGUAUAUUUUUUUGCUGUUUGUUCUCUGUUAUAGGGCCAAAAAGAUUGGAGAAGUGGUUUACCCAUACAUCUCCGUUUGGAUAGAUAGCUCUUCGUGUUGUUGUUUGUUUAGUGUUUUCCAAUUUUCCCAGAAGUGGUUAGAGUCUAUGGAUUCUUCAAUUACAUUGAGCUGAUUUCUGACAUGCUGUUCCUUAUUUUUCCGUAGUGUAUUUCUGUAUUGUUUUAGUGAUUCACCAUAGGCGUAGGCUCAGGUUUUCUGGGUCUCUAUGUUUUUGGUUGGAUAGGUUUCUCAAUUUCUUUCUUAGGUUUUUGCAUUCUUCAUCAAACCAUUUAUCACUGUUAUUACUUUUCUUUGGUUUUCUGUUAGAGAUUUUUAGAUUUGAUAGGGAAGCUGAGAGGUCAAAUAUACUGUUUAGGUUUUCUACUGCCAAGUUUACACCUUCACUAUUACAGUGGAACGUUUUGUCCAGGAAGUUGUCUAGAAUGGAUUGAAUUUGUUGUUUCCUAAUUGUUUUUUGGUAGGUUUCAACACUACUUUCCUUCCAUCUAUAGCAUUUCUUAAUAUUAUUCAGUUCCUUUGGCUUUGAUGCCUCAUGAUUGAGUAUUGCUCUGUUCAAGUAGACUGUGAUUUUGCUGUGGUCUGAUAGUGUCAGAACGGCGACAGUGGAAUGCGGUAUGCGAAGUCACACGCAGGACACAGAGCUACUGGAAACCGUACUUUAAUGAAAGUCGCCAGUGAAAAUAAACAGUCUCCAAACAACGGAGAAAAACUAACAACCCGCACACUGCCAAUGACACAAACAAUAACACACAACACACAAUGCACGACAGAGGGUUAAAUAGGGAAUACAAUACAACACAAUGGGGAACAGGUGUACACAAUCAGACACAACAAGUCAAACACCGAAACAUAGAUCGGUGGCAGCUAGUACUCCGGGGACGACGAACGCCGAAGCCUGCCCGAGCAGGGAGGAGGAGCAGCCUCGGCUGAAUCCAUGACAGUACCCCUCCCUUGACGCGCGGCUCCAACCGUGCGCCGACCCCGGACUCGGGGACGGCCAGGAGGACACGGAGCAGGGCGAGUCGGAUGACUCCGGUGGAAGUCCCUCAACAAGGAGGGAUCUAGAAUGUCCCUCCUGGGGACCCAGCACCGUUCCUCAGGACCGUUACUCUCCCACUCCACGAGAUACUGCAGGCCCCCCGUCCGACGUCUCGAAUCCAAGAUGGACCGGACUGAGUACGCCGGAGCCCCCUCGAUGUCCAGCGGGGGCGGAGGAGCCUCUCGUACCUCAUUCUCCUGGAGUGGACCAGCCACCACCGGCCUGAGGAGAGACACAUGGAACGAGGGGUUAAUGCGAUAAUACCUGGGCAGUUGUAAUCUAUAACAUACCUCGUUCAAUCUCCUCAGGACUUUAAAGGGCCCCACAAACCGCCGACCCAGCUUCCGGCAGGGCAGGCGAAGGGGCAGGUUUCGGGUCGAGAGCCAGACCCGGUCUCCUGGUGCAUACACCGGAGCCUCACUGCGGUGGCGAUUGGCGCUCGCCUUUUGCCGCCUGAUGGCACGCUGCAAAUGGACAUGCACAGCAUUCCAAGUUUCCUCAGAGCGCCUGGCUCUGAUGCCAAGGUGCCAGAACCGGCUGGUCACCUAACACACACUGGAAAGGUGUCAGGUUAGUAGACGAAUGACGGAGGGAGUUUUGGGCUAUCUCUGCCCAGGGAAUAUAUCCCGACCACUCCCCCUGCCGGUCCUGGCAAUAUGACCUCAGAAACCUACCCACAUCCUGGUUAACUCUCUCCACCUGCCCAUUACUUUUGGGGUGAAAACCUGAGGUAAGGCUAAUCGAGACCCCCAGACGUUCCAUAAAUGCCCUCCAGACCCUAGAGGUGAACUGGGGACCCCGAUCAGACACUAUAUCCUCAGGCACCCCAUAGUGCCGGAAGACGUGUGUAAACAGGGCCUCAGCAGUUUGUAGGGCAGUAGGGAGACCUGGCAGGGGAAUGAGACGGCAGGCUUUAGAAAACCGAUCCACAACGACCAAUAUAGUAGUGUUUCCCUGAGAGGGGGGAAGGUCCGUAACAAAAUUCACCGAUAGGUGAGACCACGGCCGUUGUGGAAUGGGUAGGGGUUGUAAUUUCCCUCUGGGCAGGUGUCUAGGUGCCUUACACUGGGCGCACACCGAGCAGGAGGAGACAUAAACCCUCACGUCCUUGGCUAAAGUGGGCCACCAGUACUUCUCACUAAGGCAGUGCACUGUCCGACCAAUACCCGGAUGACCAGAGGAGGGUGACGUGUGAGCCCAGUAUAUCAACCGGUCGCGAACCUCGAGCGGCACGUACCUCCGACCCUCUGGACACUGUGGAGGAGUAGGGUCGGAACGUAACGCCUGCUCGAUUUCCGCAUCCACCUCCCACACCACUGGUGCCACUAAACAAGACUCCGGGAGUAUGGGAGUGGGCUCAAUGGACCUCUCCUCUGUGUCAUAUAGUCGGGACAGGGCGUCUGCCUUAGCGUUCUGGGACCCUGGUAUAUAGGUGAGCUUAAAUACAAAGCGGGAAAGGAACAUUGACCACCUUGCCUGGCGAGGAUCCAACCUCCUCGCCGCCCGGAUGUACUCCAGGUUACGAUGGUCAGUCAGAAUGAGAAAAGGGUGUUUAGCCCCCUCAAGCCAAUGUCUCCACACCUUCAGGGCUUGAACCACAGCCAGCAGCUCCCUAUCCCCCACGUCAUAAUUGCACUCCGCCGGACUGAGCUUCUUAGAAUAGAAAGCACAGGGGCGGAGUUUAGGUGGCGUACCCGAGCGCUGAGACAGCACAGCGCCGAUCCCAGCCUCAGAAGCGUCCACCUCCACCUGGAAUGCCAAAGAGGGAUCCGGAUGCGCCAGCACCGGAGCCGAGGUAAACAGGUCCUUCAAGCGUUUAAACGCCAUGUCAGCCUCAGCUGACCACUGCAGGCGCACCGGACCCCCCUUUAGCAGAGAGGCAAUGGGAGCCGCUACCUGUCCAAAGCCCCGGAUAAACCUCCGGUAGUAAUUGGCAAAACCCAAGAAGCGCUGCACCUCCUUUACCGUGGUCGGGGUCUGCCAAUUACGCACGGCAGAAACGCGGUCAAUCUCCAUCUCUACCCCUGACGCGGACAACCGAUGUCCCAGGAAGGAGAUGGACUCCUGGAAGAACAGACAUUUCUCCGCCUUCGCAUACAGGUCAUGCUCCAAUAGUCUACCAAGCACUCGACGCACCAGGGACACAUGCUCGGCUCGUGUAGCGGAAUAUAUUAGGAUGUCAUCAAUAUAUACCACAACACCCUGUCCAUGCAAGUCCCGAAAAAUCUCGUCCACAAAUGAUUGGAAGACUGAAGGAGCAUUCAUUAACCCGUAUGGCAUGACGAGGUACUCAUAGUGACCCGAGGUGGUACUAAAUGCUGUCUUCCUCUCAUCUCCCUCCCUAAUGCGCACCAGGUUGUACGCGCUCCUGAGAUCUAAGUUUGUGAAGAAUCGCGCCCCGUGUAAUGACUCCGUCAUACUAGCAAUCAGAGGAAGAGGAUAGCUGUAUUUGAUGGUGAUCUGAUUUAGACCACGGUAAUCAAUACACGGGCGUAAACCCCCAUCCUUCUUCUUCACAAAAAAGAAACUUGAGGAAGCAGGGGAAGUAGUAGUAUGUAACCCUGUCUCAAAGAUUUGGUGACGUAGGUUUCCAUAGCGGCCGUCUCCUCCUGAGAUAGAGGAUACACGUGACUACGUGGAAGCGCAGCUCCUACCUGGAGGUCUAUCGCACAAUCCCCCUGUCGAUGAGGUGGUAAUUGAGUCGCCUUCCUCUUACUGAAGGCAAGAGCCAAAUCGGCGUACUCAGGUGGAAUAUGCAAGGCGGGAACUUGGUUCGGGCUUUCCACCGUCGUUGCCCCUACGGAAACGCCUAAACACCGCCCAGUACACUGAUCAGACCAUCCCUGGAGAGCUCUCUGCUGCCAUGAAAUGUUGGGGUCAUGAGCUGUUAACCAGGGAAGCCCCAACACCACGGGAAACGCAGGAGAAUCAAUCAAUCUCCUCAUGACCCUCCUGCGUUUUCAUCCGGAGAGGCGCCGUGACCUCCCUAAUCAACCCAGACCCCAACGGGCGGCUAUCUAGGGCAUGAAUGGGGAAGGGCACAUCAACAGGCACGAUAGGAAUCCCUAACUUAUAGGUGAACUGGCGAUCAAUGAAAUUCCCAGCUGCGCCUGAAUCUACUAGCGCCUUAUGCUGGGAGUGAGGGGAAACCUUGGGAAACACCACUUUAAUACACAUAUGAUCAGCAGAGAGCUCUGGGUGAGUUGGGUGCCUACUCACCGGGAAAGACUCAUCAGUGCGUCGCCCACUGCCUCGAUUCCCAGGAGACCCUCCCUAGCACCGACCAGCAGUGUGUCCUCUGCGGCCACAGUUGGUGCAGGGGACGGCCUCCCUCCUGGUCUCUCUCCUGGUCUCCCUAGCACCAGCACCCCCGAGCUCCAUAGGGGUCGGCUCGGAAGUGCUGGGGGAUGGAAUGGACGGCCCCGAAUCCGGACGUCCGCGGGUAGCCAACAGGGUAUUCAGGCGAAUCGACAUGUCCACCAGUUGGUCAAAGCUGAGGUUGGUGUCCCUGCAGGCUAAUUCCCGACGCACGUCCUCUCUCAGGCUGCAUCUGAAGUGGUCGAUGAGGGCCCUCUCAUUCCAUCCCGUGUUGGCGGCUAGCGUCCGGAAGUCCAGCGCGAACUCCUGCGCGCUCCUCCUCCCCUGUCUAAGGUGGAAUAGACACUCACCCGCCGCUUUACCCUCUGGGGGAUGAUCGAAUACUGCCCGGAAGCGGCAGGUGAACUCCGCAUAGCUGACCGUAGCUGCGUCUAUCCCACCCCAUUCGGCGUUGGCCCACUCCAGUGCCUUGCCGGACAGACAGGAGAUGAGGGCGGACACGCUCUCGUAUCCCGAGGGCGCCGGGUGAAUGGUGGCGAGGUAGAGUUCAACCUGGAGUAGGAACCCCUGACACCCGGCCGCGGUGCCAUCAUAAGCCCUCGGGAGCGAGAGCCGAAUCCCACUGGACUCCGGAGAUGGACCGAUGGGUAUGGCUGAUGGUGGUGGCCUCGUAGGAGGAGGUGUGGGCAAACCUCCCCUCUCCCAUCGCCUCAAAGUGUCCAUCACUUCUUGCAUGGUGGUACCCAGGUGCUGGAUCCUGGCCUCUUGGAGGAUUACGCGCUCCUCCAGUGAUCCCCUUGGCACCGCCGAUCCUGCUGACUCCAUGGUGGUGUGUUAUUCUGUCAGACCGGCGACAGUGAAAUGCGGUAGGCGAAGUCACACGCAGGACACAGAGCUACUGGAAACCGUACUUUAAUGAAAGUCGCCAGUGAAAAUAAACUGUCUCCAAACAACGGAGAAAAACUAACAACCCGCACACUGCCGAUGACACAAACAUAACACACAACACACAAUGCACGACAGAGGGUUAAAUAGGGAAUACAAUACAACAUAAUGGGGAACAGGUGUACACAAUCAGACACAACAAGUCAAACACUGAAACAUAGAUCGGUGGCAGCUAGUACUCCGGGGACGACGAAAGCCGAAGCCUGGCCGAGCAGGGAGGAGGAGCAGCCUCGGCUGAAUCCGUGACAGAUAGGGGUGUCAGUGGGCUGACUGUGAACGCUCUGAGAGACUCUGGGUUGAGGUCAGUGAUAAAGUAGUCUACAGUACUACUGCCAAGAGAUGAGCUAUAGGUGUACCUACCAUAGGAGUCCCCUCGAAGCCUACCAUUGACUAUGUACAUACCCAGUGUGCGACAGAGCUGCAGGAGUCGUGACCCGUUUUUGUCGUAGUUGUGCCUAGGGGGGCAUAUGGGGGAGGAAAUGCUGUCACCUCCAGGUAGGUGUUUGUCCCCCUGUGUGCUGAGGGUGUCAGGUUCUUGUCCAGUUCUGGCAUUUAGGUCGCCACAGACUAGUACAUGUCCCUGGGUCUGGAAAUGAUUGAUUUCCCCCUCCAGGAUGGAGAAACUGUCUUCAUUAAAGUAUGGGGAUUCUAGUGGGGGGAUAUAGGUAGCACACAGGAUGAGAUUUUUCUCAGUUGAGAUAAUAAUAAUAAUAAUAUGCCAUUUAGCAGACGCUUUUAUCCAAAGCGACUUACAGUCAUGUGUGCAUACAUUUUUACGUAUGGGUGGUCCCGGGGAUCAAACCCACUACCUUGGCGUUACAAGCACCAUGCUCUACCAAUUGAGCUACAGAGGACCGCUAGAUAAUUUCCUUUUGAAUUUCUAACCAAAUGUAAAAUGUUCCUGUUUUGAUUAAUUUAAUAGAGUGAGUUAGGUCUGCUCUAUAACAAAUUAGCAUACCCCCUGAGUCCCUUCCCUGUUUCACACCUGGUAGUUUGGUGGAUGGGACUACCAGCUCUCUGUAACCUAGAGGGCAACCAGUGGGUCCGUCUCCUCUAUACCAUGUUUCUUGUAGGAUGACAAUGUCUGUAUUUCCGAUUUCUUUGGUGAAGUUCAGAUUCCUGCUCUUUAGGCCAAAGGCAGAUGACCUCAGGCCUUGGAUAUUCCAGGAUGAAAUAGUGAAGGCUUUGUGUUCCAUAAAGUGUCUAAUGUUGUUGGUUGUGUGGUUUGGCCUCAGGCCAGUAAUUGUGAGCAGAGCCUGCUGAGCAUCUGGUACAUGCCAUUGGCUUGGGCUAGUGUAAGAGUGGGUGUUGGGCCUGUUUGCCUGCUCACGGCCUGGGCGUAUGUGUGACUUUCAUGUUGAGGCCCUCUUUGUGGGAGUGGGGGGCUUGGGGUGGGUAGGGGGGCAUAGGUCUGAUCUGAGGGGGCCUAAAUGGGGUGUGGGCAUGGUUGACUUGGGGGGGAGUUAAGUUGGUGGGGGGUGGGGGUGUAGAUGUGGUUGAUGGUGCUGUGGUCUGGAUGUAGGUCCUCUCUGCGGGGGGUCCUCUAUGUGUAGGUCCUGGGGGGGGGGUCCCGCAGGUCUGGGAGAGUGUCUCGCUGGUCUGGGGCGGGGGUGUCUGUUGAUCUGUUGCUCCUGUGUGAGGUGUUGGGUCUGCGGUUGAGGGCGAUAUCCUUUAGGGUCCGGGCGAAGGUGGGCACUGCUGCCUUGUAUAGGUGGACCUGGUCAUAAAGGCUGUUUACGUCCAGGGUGGAGUGGUGGGCCAGGAAGACAUUUGGUUUUGAUGCACAUUCACGGGAAAUACUUGCGUUUACCCACUGUAUGGUAGCAGGGUGGAAGUCUUUUCGUGGUAAAAGGUUGAGAUAACCACUUGUGCGUUGGGGAAAGUAGAAGAAGCUUUUUCUAUCACUCCUUGAGUGAGGGACUUUUGCCGUUUCCUCGUUUGUGCCGGGGUUUAAAAAGGGGGGGGGGGGGGGCCCCCAAAAAAAAAGGGGGGGGGGGGGGGGCCAAAAAGGGGGGGGGGGCCGGGGGGGGGGGGGAGGGGGGGGGUUUUUUAAAAAAUUUUUCCCCGGGGGCCGGGGAAAAAAAGGGGGGGGGGGGGAAAAAAAAAGGGGGGGGGGGGGGGGGGGGGGGAAAAAAAAAAAAAAAAAGGGGGGGGGGGGGGAAAGGGGGGGGGGGGGGGGUUUUUGGGGGGGGGGAAAACCCGGGGGGGGGGGGGGGGGGGGGGGGGGGGGGGGAAAAAGGGAAAGGGGGGGGGAAAAGGGGGGGGGGAAAAAAGGGAAAAGGGGGGGGGGGGCCUUUGGGGGGGGGGGGAAAAAAGGGGGGGGGGAAAAAAAAAAAGGGAAAAAAAAAAGGGGGGCCCAAAGGGGGGGGGGGGGGGAAAAAAAAAAAAUUUGGGGUGGGGGGGGUUUGGGGGGGGGGGGGGGGAAGGGGGGGGGGGGGGGGUUUCGGGGGGGAAGGGGGAAAACCCCCCCCCCGGGGGGGGAAAAAUUUUGGGGGGAAAAGGGGGGCCCGGGGGGGUUUUUUUCCCCCGGGGGGGCCCCAAAAAAAGGGGGGUUUUUUUGGGGGGGGGGAAAAAAAAUUUUAAAGGGAAAAAAAGGGGGGAAAAAAAACCCCCCCCCCUUUUUUUCCCCCCCCCUUUUGGGGGGGGGGGGGGGGGGAAAAAAAAGGGGGGGGGGAAAAAAAAAUUUUCCCAAAGGGGGGGAAAUUGAAUUUUAAAAAAAAAAACCCCCCGGGGGCCCCAAAAAGGGGGGGGAAAAGGGGGGGGGAAAAAAAUUUUCCCCCCCCCCCCCCCCCCCGGGGGGGGGCCCCCCUUUCAAACCCCCCCCCCCCCCCCCCCCCCCCCGGGGGAAAAAUAAAAAAAAAAAAAAAAAUUUUUUUGGGGCCCCCCCCCAAAAGGGAUUAAAAAAAUUUUUUAAAAAAAAAAAGGGCCAAACAAAAACCCCCCCCCCCCCAAAAAACCCCCCCCCUUUUUUUCCCCCGGGAAAAAAAAAAGGAAUUUUUAAAGGAAAAAAAAAAAGGGGAAAAAACCCCCCAAAACCCCCUCCCCCUUUUUUUAAAAAAAAAACCCCCAUCUAAACCCCUUUUUUUUCCCCCCCCCCCCCCCCCGGGGGGGGGCCCCCCCAAAAAAAAAAAAAAUUUUUCCCCCAAGGGGGUUUUCCCCCGGGGGGGGGGGAAAAAUUUUCAAAAACCCCCCGGGAAAAUUUUUUUUUUUUUCCCCCAAAAAAAAAAUUUUUUUUUUUUAAAAAAUUUAAAUUUUGGGGGAAAAAAUUUUUUCCCCAAAAAAAAAUUUUUCCCUCCCCCCCCUUUUUUUAAACCCUCCCCCCCCCCCUUUUUUUUCCCCUUUUUUUUAAAAAAAAACCCCCAACCCCAAAAAAAAAAACCCCCCGGCCAAAAAAAAAGGGAAAAAAAAAAAAAGGGGGCCCAAAAAAAAAAUUUUAAUAGGGGGGUUUUUUGGGGAAAAAAAUUUUUUUUUGGGAAAAAAAACCCCCCAAAAAAACCCCCCCGGGCCCCCGGGCCCCCCCCCCCCGGGGGGGGAAAAAUAAAAAAAAGGGGGGGCCCAAAAAAAAAACCCCCGGGGGCCAAAAGGGGGGGGGAAAAAAAAAAAACAAAAAGGGGGGGGGAAAACCCCCUUGGGGGGCCCCCCCAAAAAAACCCCCCCCGGGUUUGGGGCCUUUUUUUGGAAAAGGGAAAAAAGGGGGAAAAAAAUUUUUAAAAAAACGUUUGGUUUGGGGGGGAAAAGAAUGCUGAGUUGCAUCCAAAGAACACCAUACCUACUGUGAAGCAUGUGGGUGGAAACAUCAUGCUUUGGGGCUGUUUUUCUGCAAAGGGACCAGGACGACUGAUCCGUUGUAAAGGAAAGAAUGGAUGGGGCCAUGUAAUCGUGAGAUUUUGAGUGAAAACCUCCUUCCAUCAGCAAGGGCAUUGAAGAUGAAACGUGGCUGGGUCUUUCAGCAUGACAAGGAUCCCAAAACACACCGCCCGGGCAACGAAAGGAGUGGCUUCGUAAGAAGCAUUUCAAGGUCCUGGAGUGGCCUAGCCAGUCUCCAAUCUCAACCCCAUAGAAAAUCUUUGGAGGGAGUUGAAAGUCCGUGUUGCCCAGCGACAGCCCCAAAACAUCACUGCUCUAGAGGAGAUCUGCAUGGAGGAAUGGCCAAAAUACCAGCAACAGUGUGUGAAAACCUUGUGAAGACUUACAGAAAACGUUUGACCUGUGUCAUUGCCAACAAAGGGUAUAUAACAAAGUAUUGAGAAACUUUUGUUAUUGACCAAAUACUUAUUUUCCACCAUAAUUUGCAAAUAAAUCAUAAAAAAUCCUACAAUGUGAUUUUCUGGGGAAAAAAAUCUCAUUUUGUCUGUCAUAGUUGACGUGUACCUAUGAUGAAAAUUACAGGCCUCUCUCAUCUUUUUAAGUGGGAGAACUGGGCCAAAUUUGGGGGUGACAAAACUUUUUUUCCCCCCUGUUUUGGCAAAUGACAAGAGAAACGCGAACCAUUCCAAACCCCCUCUCUCGUUUUUUCCCUCUCUCUCUCCCCCUCCCCCCCGCUAAUCUGUAAAAAAUUCCCCCCCCCCCCCCCCCCCCCCACCCCCCCCCCCCCCCCCCCUCUCUCUUUUCUCCUUCUUUGUGUCUCUUGUCCUCCCGUUUUUUUUGGGCCCGUUCGUAGUUUUUUCGUGUUGGUUUUUAGGGUUUUGUCUUUCGUGUAUUUUUACUUUGGCUUGGGAAACUAGCAGGGGGGAAGUUUGGUGAAAGGAGGGGGAGGGUGGUUUUUGUGAGUGCGGGGUUUUUUGUUUCGUGUGCGGUUUUUAAAAGGGCUAGGGGUAGUGGGGAGGGGCCCUUUUAGGGGCCCAUCUCCUGCCUCAACUUAAAUCCUUUGGUCAACCCGCCCUCACAGGGCCCCCCCCCCCCUUUUAACCUCUCCCUCCCUCCAUCCCUCCAUCCUCCAUCCCUCCAUCCCUCCACCCUUUAACAACCCCCCCCACCCCUCCACCCCUUAACCUCUCCACCCUCCACCUCUCCACCUCUACUCUCGCCCUCUCUCUCUCUCUCUCUCUCUCUCUCUCUCUCUCUCCCUUCUCUCUCCCUCCCCAGCCUAUGGGUUGUGUGGCUGGCUGAGCUCUGUGUGUAUAUAGCUGGUGGGUGGUGUUUACUGCUGUACUCAACAGUACUGUUAGUCUUACUUCAGACAGCAGAAGGAGCUAUUUUAACAUCCCCAUCUCUCCAUCUCUCCCUCUUAUCUCCCCCUAGUGUGUGUGUGUGUGUGUGUGUGUGUGUGUGUGUGUGUGUGUGUGUGUGUGUGUGUGUGUGUGUGUGUGUGUGUGUGUGUGUGUGUGUUGUGUGUGUGAUAUAGAUAGAUAGGCUACAGCCCACUAAUAAUGAUUGCCAUUGCCCUUAUUUGACUGUCUACUGCUGGCAAAAAUAAGCCUAUAGAUAUUUGCCAGACUGUAAUAAAACAUCUCAAACACAGAGUAGGUAUAUUACUGAGUAUCAUCUAAUAAAACAUCUCAAACACAGAGUAGGUCUAUUACUGAGUAUCAUGUAAUAAAACAUCUCAAACACAGAGUAGGUCUAUUACUGAGUAUCAUCUAAUAAAACAUCUCAAACACAGAGUAGGUCUAUUACUGAGUAUCAUGUAAUAAAACAUCUCAAACACAGAGUAGGUCUAUUACUGAGUAUCAUCUAAUAAAACAUCUCAAACACAGAGUAGGUAUAUUACUGAGUAUCAUCUAAUAAAACAUCUCAAACACAGAGAAGGUCUAUUACUGAGUAUCAUGUAAUAAAACAUCUCAAACACAGAGUAGGUCUAUUACUGAGUAUCAUGUAAUAAAACAUCUCAAACACAGAGUAGGUCUAUUACUGAGUAUCAUGUAAUAAAACAUCUCAAACACAGAGUAGGUCUAUUACUGAGUAUCAUGUAACAAAACAUCUCAAAACACAGAGUAGGUCUAUUACUGAGUAUCAUCUAAUAAAACAUCUCAAACAAAGCACAUACCUGUAGCAAAGCCUUCUCCUUUCAUAUUAGUGUAGCCUAAAAGCAUUGCCACACAAAACAUUCAGUUCAUCUUUCAAUAGAGCUCUCUCUCUCUCUCUCUCUCUCUCUCCCCCCCCCCCCCCUCUCUCUCUCUCUCUCUCUGUCUCUCUCUCUCUCUGUCUCUCUCUCUCUCUCUCUCUCUCUCUCUCUCUCUCUCUCUCUCUCUCUCUCUCUCUCUCUCUCUCUCUCUCUCUCUCUCUCUCUCUCUCUCUCUCUCUAACUGUCUGCACUCUGCCUGUCUGCUGGUGUAUUUCCAUGGUGAUUCCAUUCUGACAAGAAUAGGAAUUUGAACUGGUAUAAUUAUUAUUAUUAGUAAGUAGCCUUGCUGGAGCCUUGGCUUUUCCCAGCCAGAACAGUUCAUAGGAGCAGGAGCCUUGGCUUGUCCCAGCCAGAACAGCUCAUUUGAGCAGGAGCCUUGGCUUUUCCCAGCCAGAACAGCUCAUAGGAGCAGGAGCCUUGGCUUGUCCCAGCCAGAACAGCUCAUAGGAGCAGGAGCCUUGGCUUGUCCCAGCCAGAACAGCUCAUAGGAGCAGGAGCCUUGGCUUGUCCCAGCCAGAACAGCUCAUAGGAGCAGGAGCCUUGGCUUGUCCCAGCCAGAACAGCUCAUAGGAGCAGGAGCCUUGGCUUGUCCCAGCCAGAACAGCUCAUAGGAGCAGGAGCCUUGGCUUGUCCCAGCCAGAACAGCUCAUAGGAGCAGGAGCCUUGGCCUGUCCCAGCCAGAACAGCUCAUAGGAGCAGGAGCCUUGGCUUGUCCCAGCCAGAACAGCUCAUAGGAGCAGGAGCCUUGGCCUGUCCCAGCCAGAACAGCUCAUAGGAGCAGGAGCCUUGGCUUGUCCCAGCCAGAACAGCUCAUAGGAGCAGGAGCCUUGCCUUGUCCCAGCCAGAACAGCUCAUAGGAGCAGGAGCCUUGGCUUGUCCCAGCCAGAAACAGCUCAUAGGAGCAGGAGCCUUGGCUUGUCCCAGCCAGAACAGCUCAUAGGAGCAGGAGCCUUGGCUUGUCCCAGCCAGAACAGCUCAUAGGAGCAGGAGCCUUGGCUUGUCCCAGCCAGAACAGCUCAUAGGAGCAGGAGCCUUGGCUUGUCCCAGCCAGAACAGCUCAUAGGAGCAGGAGCCUUGGCUUGUCCCAGCCAGAACAGCUCAUAGGAGCAGGAGCCUUGGCUUGUCCCAGCCAGAACAGCUCAUAGGAGCAGGAGCCUUGGCUUGUCCCAGCCAGAACAGCUCAUAGGAGCAGGAGCCUUGGCUUGUCCCAGCCAGAACAGCUCAUAGGAGCAGGAGCCUUGGCUUGUCCCAGCCAGAACAGCUCAUAGGAGCAGGAGCCUUGGCUUGUCCCAGCCAGAACAGCUCAUAUGAGCAGGAGCCUUGGCUUUUCCCAGCCAGAACAGCUCAUAGGAGCAGGAGCCUUGGCUUGUCCCAGCCAGAAACAGCUCAUAGGAGCAGAGCCUUGGCUUGUCCCAGCCAGAACAGCUCAUAGGAGCAGGAGCCUUGGCUUGUCCCAGCCAGAACAGCUCAUAGGAGCAGGAAGCCUUGGCUUGUCCCAAGAUAGAACAGCUCAUAGGAAGCAGAGCCUUGGCUUUGUCCCAGCCAGAAACAGCUCAUAGGAGCAGGAGCCUUGGCUUGUCCCAGCCAGAACAGCUCAAUAGGAGCAGGAGCCUUGGCCUGUCCCAGCCAGAACAGCUCAUAGGACAGGAGCCUUGGCUUGUCCCCAGCCAGAACAGCUCAUAGGAGCAGGAGCCUUGGCCUGUCCCAGCCAGAACAGCUCAUAGGGCAGGAGCCUUGGCUUGUCACCAGCCAGAACAGCUCAUAGGAGCAGGAGCCCUUGGCCUUGUCCCAGCCAGAACAGCUCAUAGGAGCAGGAGCCUUGGCUUGUCCCAGCCAGAACAGCUCAUAGGAGCAGGAGCCUUGGCUUGUCCCAGCCAGAACAGCUCAUAGGAGCAGGAGCCUUGGCUUGUCCCAGCCAGAACAGCUCAUAGGAGCAGGAGCCUUGGCUUGUCCCAGCCAGAACAGCUCAUAGGAGCAGGAGCCUUGGCUUGUCCCAGCCAGAAACAGCUCAUAGGAGCAGGAGCCUUGGCUUGUCCCAGCCAGAACAGCUCAUAGGAGCAGGAGCCUUGGCUUGUCCCAGCCAGAACAGCUCAUAGGAGCAGGAGCCUUGGCUUGUCCCAGCCAGAACAGCUCAUAGGAGCAGGAGCCUUGGCUUGUCCCAGCCAGAACAGCUCAUAGGAGCAGGAGCCUUGGCUUGUCCCAGCCAGAACAGCUCAUAGGAGCAGGAGCCUUGGCUUGUCCCAGCCAGAACAGCUCAUAGGAGCAGGAGCCUUGGCUUGUCCCAGCCAGAACAGCUCAUAGGAGCAGGAGCCUUGGCUUGUCCCAGCCAGAACAGCUCAUAGGAGCAGGAGCCUUGGCUUGUCCCAGCCAGAACAGCUCAUAGGAGCAGGAGCCUUGGCUUGUCCCAGCCAGAACAGCUCAUAGGAGCAGGAGCCUUGGCUUGUCCCAGCCAGAACAGCUAAAGGGAAGUCACAUUUAUGUUGGACCUUGUGUACAAUUGGAUGAAUGUAUCUUAAUGUUAGACCACAGUACGGUAUAGGUUAGGGUUGUGAGUGGUUCAGUGGGGGUGAAUGAAUGAAUGGGUUUAUUAUGAACCCUUUGUUUUUGGCGUGUUUGGUGCCGCCUGGGCUCUGAGAGAGAGAAGAUGAGAGAGAAUGGAAAUACCACCAAUAUAUAUCUGUCUAUUUAUCUUCCCCUACUAUUCCUACUACAACUAUUUACACAUUGCUAAAACACUGUACAUAGCUGAUAAUAUAACACUGGAAAUGUCUUGAUCUUUUUCAAACCUCUGUGAGUACAAUGUUUACUGUUCAUUUCUAAUUGUUUUUUGUUGAUAUUGUUUCGUGUGUUCUCACUUUUGUUUAUUGUUUAUUUCACUUUUGUUUCUUGUUUAUUUCACUUGCUUUGGCAAAGUAAACACGUUUCCCAUAACAAUAAUGCCCCUUUGAAUUGAAAUUGAAUUGAGAGAGAACGAAAGAGAGAGUACCGCCGCAGCCUCAUCUCUUCCUCUCCUCCUCUGUUGAGUUCCGCUGAUGUUGAGCCAGGCGAUGUUAUGUUGCUUUCUAUUUACAGGGUUCUCGUUCUCUCUCUGUGUCUCUCUGUCUCUCUCUCCCACACUGAUUCGAACGCAUCAGAUAUUUAUCUUCGCUGACACCGUGGAAUAAAGCGCCGAUUAAACAAACAACACAGGACAAUCAUCCCGAUUUCACGCAUAUUCCCUCAUAUUCUGUCCUCGUCGCUUCCGAUACGAAAUGAUGCAUCGCGUCGUAGCGUCAACAAUUCAAUAACAUCCCCCGCUCUCCGCCAUUCCCUGUGGAUGCAGCUGGUAGGAUGGUGAUGCUGGCGAUAAAAUACAUCUCCGUUUGGUGAAAGACUUGCGAGGCUUCGGUUCAAUCCGGGGAAGUGACGGGGUUCAAUCGACAGGUAAGAGCAGAGUGCAAUGCAGAUUCAUGCUGGCCGGAGCACCGCAAUGCUAUUUUCUGUUUAGCGGUGCGAGAGAGCGGGAGGGAGGGAGGGAGAGAGAGAGAGAAAAGCCAUCCCUUCCUUCGGUUAGCUUUUCUGCUGCAGCAUCGCUUAUUCCUCUUUCAGCUCUAUUACACCGAUAUGUGUUACGUCCAACACAAACCGAAUAUUAGACCAAUCACAAGCAGAGUGAUAUGGGUUUAAUAUUCGAUCCGGUUGUAAUAGCCCUAGCCUAAUGACUGAUGGUGUAGCCUAUAGCCUAGGUUACUGUAGGCAGUCAUAGACACUAUUUGAUGACAGGAAUGCUAUUCAUUGUAUAUUUGUCGAUAUCCUAUGAAUAGUGAUACCUAUUGCAUCUAAAUGUUUUGACAAUGAAGGAUGCAGUGAGCUUGUCUUAUAUGCGAUGAUUGUUGAUAAGGCCCUAUACCUCUAAACUGUUUAUCUUUUGCCUUGUAAUCUUUAUUCAAAGUGAACACGUCCUAUUGUAGCUUCCUGCUGUGCCACUCUGUCACCAGCAUUACGUAAUACUGUAGACUAGCAUAGCAGGGACGCUUGUUUAGGUAUAGGGCCUGCCACCAUAGACCACUGUUCUGUUCCAUUUCUAACGCAAGGAUGCCAAGGGAGUGUCGCCAAGUGUUCUGUGAAUUAUUCAAACGAAAAAUGCUUUGUUUGCCCAGAAAUCGCGUCUGUUUCUGUGUAGGCUAUAUUGUACAUAACAUCGAGGCUCUCCAACAUCAAGCACACACAGGUUAUGGGAAAAACAUCUCAGCUGUCUACAUAAGAACUGCCUAGUGGUGUUUAUCUACUCAGUCCCUUGAGAGACAGACAGGCAGGUCCAUAGACAAUGUGUUAAAUGUAUUUUACCAGGUGACUGAGAACACAUUCUCAUUUACAGCAACAACCUGGGGAAUAGUUGAAGGGGAGAUGAAUGAGCCAAUUGGAGGCUGGGGAUAAUUAGGUGGCCAUGAUGGUUUGACAGCCAAAUUGGGAAUUUAGCCAGGACACUGGGGUUAACAUCCCUACUCUUUUGAUAAGUGCCAUGGGAUCUUUAGUGAACACAGAGAGUCAGGACACACAUUCAACGUCCCAGCCGAAAGACGACACCCUACACAGGGCAAUGUCCCCUAUCAUUGCCCUGGGGCAAUGUCCCCUAUCACUGCCCUGGGGCAAUGUCCCCUAUCAUUGCCCUGGGGCAAUGUCCCCUAUCAUUGCCCUGGGGCAAUGUCCCCUAUCACUGCCCUGGGGCAAUGUCCCCUAUCACUGCCCUGGGGCAAUGUCCCCUAUCACUUGCCCUGGGGCAAUGUCCCCUAUCACUGCCCUGGGGCAAUGUCCCCUAUCAUUGCCCUGGGGCAAUGUCCCCUAUCACUGCCCUGGGGCAAUGUCCCCUAUCAUUGCCCUGGGGCAAUGUCCCCUAUCACUGCCCUGGGGCAAUGUCCCCUAUCACUGCCCUGGGGCAAUGUCCCCUAUCAUUGCCCUGGGGCAAUGUCCCCUAUCACUGCCCUGGGGCAAUGUCCCCUAUCACUGCCCUGGGGCAAUGUCCCCUAUCACUGCCCUGGGGCAAUGUCCCCUAUCACUGCCCUGGGGCAAUGUCCCCUAUCAUUGCCCUGGGGCUUUGGGAUAAAUAUAUUUAUUUAGACCAGAGGAAAGAGUGCCUCCUACUGGCCCUCCAACUCCACUUCCAGCAGCAUCUGGUCUCCCAUCCAGGGACCGACCAGGACCAACCCUGCUUAGCUUCAGAGGCAAGCCAGCAGUGGUAUGCAGGGUGGUAUGCUGCUGGCAUACGUACAUAAUUAUGGUGGAUGAACUGAGAUGCUCCACCUGAUUGAUCCGCUGUAGCAAAUAGAAUAAAACAAUGGAGGGUCUUACAAGAUUGAUCUGACUGUGUGUAGAUUUAGACAACAGUAUGUACCUGUCUGUCUGUCUGUCUGUCUGUCUGUCUGUCUGUCUGUCUGUCUGUCUGAUUACUGUCCCCUCAACCAGCUCUCACAGUCUCACGUCAGAAUUAGACGUUCAUCCAUGUUUCUCAAACGUCAAAAUUUCAAAGUUGUUCCAAAUGUCAAUUUUCAAAGUGUUUGGUUACUUCUCUGUAUCGUUCCAAGGUUAAGGUUAGGCAUUAACUCCUAAUUCUUAAGGUUAGGCAUUAACUCCUAAUUCUUAAGGUUAGGCAUUAACUCCGAUUUCUUAAGAUUAGGCAUUAACUCCGAAUGGUUAAGAUAAGGGUUAAGGUUUGGGAUAGGCAUAAAACAAAAAUAACUUUAUAUUGCUGGAUUCAAACAUGCAACCUUUGGAACCAGAAGCAGAUGUUUAUGUCGCCCAUCUGCCAUCCAUGUCCACAACACCCUAGCGAAACCAAAGCCUACUUGAAGGUAACAGCGCUCACUGUUGCCCCUAGUGGCUGGUUUCCACUUCAUCGCCUGAUAUAGGACGUCGAAUACUGACUUAUAUCACGGGUAACUGGUCUCCUAGCUCUGUUGUCAGACAUGUUGAGUCUAUCUGUCUUUAUGUUUUAAUGCUCUCUCUCUCUCUCUCUCUCUCUCUCUCUCUCUCUCUCUCUCUUUCGCUCUCUCUCUCUCUCUCUCUCUCUCUCUCUCUCUCUCUCUCUCUCUCUCUCUCUCUCUCUUUCGCUCUCUCUCUUUCGCUCUCUCUCUCUCUCUCUCUCUCUCUCUCUCUCUCUCUCUCUCUCUCUCUCUCUCUGAUCCAAUGUUUACCAUGUAUUAAUUCUCUCUCCCUCCUCCUAGGUUCCCAAUGUUGAACAUGUCGACCCCCAGCGAGCUCAAGUCUCCGUGUGUCACGAGGAACGGCAUGGUCAAGCUCCCCCCUCAGCCCAACGGUCUGGGCAGCGCCAGCAUCACCAAGGGCACGCCUGCCGCCAAGAACCGCCUGUGCCAGUCCUCCUCCGUGCCCGGCAUCCUACCCCCUCCUUCCCUACCCUACCACCUGGACCCCCUGCCCACCGCAGCUUCUCUCCUGGGGCCGAACCUGGACACCAGCCCCCUGACGGCCCUCCAACCCCCGCUGCGCAAGGUCCCCCUCACUUUACCCAAGCCGCCCUUGCCCCUGGCCCUCACCCUGCCUCUGGCCCUUCUGCUGCCCCUGGAGCGCCAGCUGGCCCUGGAUGAGAAGCUGCUCAACAGGCUGCUGUGGUACUUCACCACGGCUGAGAAGUGUGUCCUGGCCCAGGUGUGUAGGACCUGGAGGAAGGUUCUGUACCAGCCCAAGUUCUGGGAGGGUGUCACACCCGUCCUCCAUGCCAAGGAGCUGUACGCCCUACUCCCCAGUGGAGAGAAGGAGUUUGUCAGCCUGCAGGCCUUCGCCCUCAGGGGGUUCCAGGCGUUCUGUCUGGUGGGGGUUUCGGACCUGGACAUUUGUGAGUUCAUUGAUAACUACUCCUUGUCCAAGAAGGGGGUGAAGUCGGUCAGUCUGAAGAGGUCCACCAUCACAGACGCUGGCCUGGAGGUGAGUCAUAGUCAUAGUUAUAUAGUUACAGUCAUGUGAACACAAACAUGUCAUUUAGCACAGCCUUUCUCCAACCUCUCCAUGGGGACCAGGCUGUCCAUGGAUUAUAUCUAUUCCACAGCUAACACCUGAUUCAACUGGUCAACUAAUCAUCAAGCCCUUGACUAGGUGAGUCAGGUGAGCUAGUGAGCUAGUGACUUACAGCAGUGUGUGCAUGCAAUUUUGUAUGGAUAACCCCAGCGGGAAUCAAACCCAAAAUCCUGACAUUGCAAGCGCCUUGCUCUACCAACUGAGCCACACAGGAACGUAAGAAUGUGUACUCAAUAAGGGUUUUCCUCCUUUGUAUAUAACGUUUUCAUAUCUCAACAAUAGUGGAAUGUAACUUCCAUUUGUCCUCCAGUAGAUGUAACUUCCCUUAGUCCUCCAGUAGAUGUAACUUCCAUUAGUCCUCCAGUAGAUGUAACUCCCAUUAGUCCUCAAGUAGAUGUAACUUCCCUUAGUCCUACAGUAGAUGUAACCUCCAUUAGUCCUCCAGUAGAUGUAACUCCCAUUAGUCCUCCAGUAGAUGUAAUUUCUAUUUGUCCUCCAGUAGAUGUUACUUCCAUUAGUCCUCCAGUAGAUGUAACUUCCAUUAGUCCUACAGUAGAUGUAACCUCCAUUAGUCCUCCAGUAGAUGUAACUCCCAUUAGUCCUCCAGUAGAUGUAACUUCUAUUUGUCCUCCAGUAGAUGUUACUUCCAUUAGUCCUCCAGUAGAUGUAACUUCCAUUAGUCCUCCAGUAUAUGUAACCUCCAUUAGUCCUCCAGUAGAUGUAACUCCCAUUAGUCCUCCAGUAGAUGUAACUUCUAUUUGUCCUCCAGUAGAUGUAACUUCUAUUUGUCCUCCAGUAGAUGUUACUUCCAUUAGUCCUCCAGUAGAUGUAACCUCCAUUAGUCCUCCAGUAGAUGUAACCUCCAUUAGUCCUCCAGUAGAUGUAACUUCCAUUAGCCCUCCAGUAGAUGUAACCUCCAUUAGUCCUCCAGUAGAUGUAACCUCCAUUAGUCCUCCAGUAGAUGUAACUCCUAUUAGUCCUCCAGUAGAUGUAACUCCCAUUAGUCCUCCAGUAGAUGUAACUUCCAUUAGUCCCCCAGUAUAAGUAACUUCCAUUAGUCCUCAAGUAGAUGUAAUUCCAUUAGUCCUCCAGUAGAUGUAACUUCCAUUAGUCCUCCAGUAGAUGUAACUUCCAUUAGUCCUCCAGUAGAUGUAACUCCCAUUAGUCCUCCAGUAGAUGUAACUUCCAUUAGUCCCCCAGUAUAAGUAACUUCCAUUAGUCCUCCAGUAGAUGUAACUUUCAUUAGUCCUCCAGUAGAUGUAACUUCCAUUAGUCCUCCAGUAGAUGUAACUUCCAUUAGUCCUUCAGUAUAUGUAACUUCCAUUUGUCCUCCAGUAGAUGUAACUUCCAUUAGUCCCCCAGUAGAUGUAACUUCCAUUAGUCCUCCAGUAGAUGUAUCCUCCAUUAGUCCUACAGUAGAUGUAACUUCCAUUAGUCCUUCAGUAGAUGUAACCUCCAUUAGUCCUCCAGUAGAUGUAACCUCCAUUAGUCCUCCAGUAGAUGUAACUUCCAUUAGUCCCCCAGUAUAAGCAACUUCCAUUAGUCCUCCAGUAGAUGUAACUUCCAUUAGUCCUCCAGUAGAUGUAACUUCCAUUAGUCCUCCAGUAGAUGUAACUUCCAUUAGUCCUUCAGUAUAUGUAACUUCCAUUUGUCCUCCAGUAGAUGUAACUUCCAUUAGUCCUACAGCAGAUGUAACUUCCAUUAGUCCUCCAGUAGAUGUAACUUCCAUUAGUCCUCCAGUAGAUGUAACUUCCAUUAGUCCUCCAGUAGAUGUAACUUCCAUUAGUCCUUCAGUAUAUGUAACUUCCAUUAGUCCUCCAGUAGAUGUAACUUCCAUUAGUCCCCCAGUAGAUGUAACUUCCAUUAGUCCUCCAGUAGAUGUAACCUCCAUUAGUCCUACAGCAGAUGUAACUUCCAUUAGUCCUCCAUUAGAUGUAACCUCCAUUAGUCCCCCAGUAGAUGUAACCUCCAUUAGUCCUCCAGCAGAUGUAUCCUCCAUUAGUCCUACAGUAGAUGUAACUUCCAUUAGUCCUUCAGUAGAUGUAACCUCCAUUAGUCCUCCAGUAGAUGUAACUUCCAUUUGUCCUCCAGUAGAUGUAACUUCCAUUAGUCCUACAGCAGAUGUAACUUCCAUUAGUCCUCCAGUAGAUGUAACUUCCAUUAGUCCUCCAGUAGAUGUAACUUCCAUUAGUCCUCCAGUAGAUGUAACUUCCAUUAGUCCUUCAGUAUAUGUAACUUCCAUUAGUCCUCCAGUAGAUGUAACUUCCAUUAGUCCCCCAGUAGAUGUAACUUCCAUUAGUCCUCCAGUAGAUGUAACCUCCAUUAGUCCUACAGCAGAUGUAACUUCCAUUAGUCCUCCAUUAGAUGUAACCUCCAUUAGUCCCCCAGUAGAUGUAACCUCCAUUAGUCCUCCAGCAGAUGUAUCCUCCAUUAGUCCUACAGUAGAUGUAACUUCCAUUAGUCCUUCAGUAGAUGUAACCUCCAUUAGUCCUCCAGUAGAUGUAACCUCCAUUAGUCCUCCAGUAGAUGUAACUUCCAUUAGUCCUCCAGUAGAUGUAACUUCCAUUAGUCCUCCAGUAGAUGUAACUUCCAUUAGUCCUCCAGUAGAUGUAACUUCCAAAUGUCCUCCAGUAGAUGUAACUUCCAUUAGUCCUCCAGUAGAUGUAACUUCCAUUAGUCCUCCAGUAGAUGUAACCGCCAUUAGUCCUCCAAUAGAUGUAACCUCCAUUAGUCCUCCAGUAGAUGUAACCUCCAUUAGUCCUCCAGUAGAUGUAACCUUCAUUAGUCCUACAGUAGAUGUAACCUCCAUUAGUCCUCAAGUAGAUGUAACUUCCAUCAGUCCUCCAGUAGAUGUAACCUCCAUUAGUCCUCCAGUAGAUGUAACUCCCAUUAGUCCUCCAGUAGAUGUAACCUCCAUUAGUCCUCCAGUAGAUGUAACCUCCAUUAGUCCCCCAGUAGAUGUAACCCCCAUUAGUCCUCCAGUAGAUGUAACUUCCAUUAGUCCUCCAGUAGAUGUAACCUCCAUUAGUCCUACAGUAGAUGUAACCUCCAUUAGUCCUCAAGUAGAUGUAACCUCCAUUAGUCCUCCAGUAGAUGUAACCUCCAUUAGUCCUCCAGUAGAUGUAACCUCCAUUAGUCCUCCAGUAGAUGUAACUUCCAUUACUCCUAUAGUAGAUGUAACCUCCAUUAGUCCUUCAGUCGAGGAUGUAACCUCCAUUAGUCCUCCAGUAGAUGUAACUUCCAAUUGUCCUCCAGUAGAUGUAACUUCCAUUAGUCCUCCAGUAGAUGUAAUUCCAUUAGUCCUCCAGUAGAUGUAACCUCCAUUAGUCCUCCAGUAGAUGUAACUCCCAUUAGUCCUCCAGUAGAUGUAACUCCCAUUAGUCCUCCAGUAGAUGUAACUUCCAUUAGUCCUCCAGUAGAUGUAACUUCCAUUAGUCCUCCAGUCGAGGAUGUAAACAGACUGUCCUACAGUGAUGCUUUGAAGCCUUAUGGGCUAUCUAAGUAGUACAAUAUGGUGUCAUUUGGGAAUCAUCCAUAGAUAUAAAACGAUGCUACCUUUAUGGUUAGGACACAUACUAUGUGUUUGUUUCAGUAAGAUGCUGAUACCUAGAUGAGUGGUUUGGUUUGGGGCCUAGGGGUGUUACAAGCAGUGUGGGGGGGGGGUAACGUAAUCAGAUUACUUUAAUGAGUAACGGAGUAAAGUAACAUGUUACUUUAUAGUAAUAUAACAUGUUACUAUAUAGUAAUAUAACACUUUACUUUAUAGAAAUAUAUCACGUUACUUUAUAGUAAUAUAACACGCUACUUUCCACACAAAGUGAUAUUAUAAACAAGUAAUGCGUUAUUUUUGUUAAUCCUCAGCAUCAAUAUCAACACAAUGCACUCCCUGAACUCAGAAAGCCUGCCACCCCACUGCUGCGUAGCCUAGUAACAGUCGCCGGGCGAGCUGGGUUCCGCUGUAGUUGGGCACCAUGUCUACUGGGUCACCAGGGAUCACAUGGAAUGUGGAAUGUCACAUCACAUGACCUGGCUCACUGGUCACAUGAUCAUGGGACAGAGAGAGGAGAGAUAUUCUAUUAGAAUGGUUAAUGGUUAAGGUUAGGAUUUGAGGCUGGUGAGCUGAUCCUAGAUCUGUGGUUAAGUUGCAACGUUUAUCCCGAGCAGGUCAACAAUCGAUAGAGUGAGUAGAAUGAACAUGAGCCUCAAUGAAACGUGAGAUGUCACAGGAGUGCAGUGUGCUGGAAAUGCAAUCCAAACAGUGUCUGAUAUAAUAACAAUAGCAUAGCUAAGUAAAGGUUCAGUACAGAGACUGGGUAUUCCAUUCCAAAAUAGCCCUCACAUGGAAUCAGUCUAGUCAACAAUCCACCCUGCUUGUCUGUGGUGGUGUUGUGAGUAUAGACUACUGUGGUGGUGCUGUGAGUAUAGACUACUGUGGUGGUGUUGUGAGUAUAGACUACUGUGGUGGUGUUGUGAGUAUGGACUACUGUGGUGGUGUUGUGAGUAUAGACUACUGUGGUGGUGCUGUGAGUAUAGACUACUGUGGUGGUGUUGUGAGUAUGGACUACUGUGGUGGUGUUGUGAGUAUGGACUACUGUGGUGGUGUUGUGAGUAUAGACUACUGUGGUGGUGUUGUGAGUAUAGACUACUGUGGUGGUGUUGUGAGUAUAGACUAA